CCCUUGCUUGGCGCAACAUCUCUAGAGUUCGCCGCUCAGACACUGUCAUAUUCAUACAUAGCCGAUAUACGUACAUGUGCCGUGAUUUCCUUUCGGUGCGGAUGUGUAAGUUGGCCACAACACCGAACAGAACAACAUGAAACACCAGCGGAAAGUGUUCAGCUUGGCACAACUAAAAUAAACCGGUGAACGAAAGAAGAAAUUGUGAGAGAAGCCCACAAAGAGUUUCCAUUCAUUGAACUGCUACACAGCAGAAGUGAAGUGUUUGGUUUGAAAGCAAACGAAAAAAAAGAAACAACUCCGAAGCAAGCCCGAAAACAAUGAACAUUUAACGCCAUUCAUUUGCCGAGUGCAAUGUACACAAAUGUUUGAUUAACUUGUGAGCCAACGAACCAACAACAGGAUCAAAGUCCUUUUGCUGCAACAAGAGUCGUUAACAAGCGAAAAAGGAAAAAAAAAGAAAAACAAACGCUGUAUGCUGCCGGGGUGCGGCGUCAUGGCGUCAAAAUAGUUAUGUUGCGCUUCUCCAUGGGGUAACUUGAAUGGGGCACUAGUACUAGUACACAUAUCCACCAUCCAUAUCCAUAUCCUUUUGAAACACGCACACAGAUGCACUUGUACGUUUGCGGCGAUUACGUGUGAAACAUUGAGUAACUGAAGCGUAAGAACCAUGUCGAAACGUUACGUCAAUCAGUUGUCCUUGCAUAGCGUGUUUGCUGCUGCCAUUAGUUACCGUACACCCUCCACAAAAUGAAAACAAAACACACGAGCUGUGUAACCGCUGCUGCCGUAGCUGCCGGUGCUGGAGAGAAAAUGAAAUCCGUGAUAUUGUAUCCAUAUGGACCGUUGACAGCCACCGGAUGCUGUCGUAUGCUGCAUGCAAAAAAUUUGGCCAUAGCGAGCGCCAUUUACACAAUAAAUAUAUCACUGCUGAUAGUCCUGAUAUACUCGUGGCGUAUAAACAUCAACAUAAGCAAGUCCGGUGAUUUGGAGGAUGUCUACUAUGGCGUCCAAAUUGCUUACUUUGCCAUAAUUGGCACACAAAUGUCAAUGAUUGUCUUGAGUGUUAUGCUGCUGUUUGGAAUUAUUAAGGAAAAUCCUGGUCUAAUAGUUCCAUGGAUUAUUGGUUACAUCACUUUCAUGGCCCUGGAGGCAGUGGCAAUGGUUUACUCAAAUGUACUGCGCGACCAUGUCAAUAAGCAAUUUGACACAAUGUGCAAAGCGGAAGUGGCCUUUUUUAUAGCGCGCGCUUUCAUAAAUGUUCUCUCGAUGUGGGGUGUUUUAAGGUUUUACAAUUUAGUGCGCUGCGGAAUCACUUGGAGAGGUCCAGAGGCCAAAACUACAUUGACCUCAUCGCCCGCCGCCGAACGCUUGAAGAGAAGCCACUGUGAGUGCCACCGACAUCAGCAGCCUUGCCAAUAUCAUUAUCAGCAGCAACGAAGGCGCCAUAGUUACGGUGGCACCGCCCCGAAAACGCCUGGAUGUUGUGCCUUCUUUGAGCUCGAUGACUAUGACAAUGAUGAUGAUGACGAUGUCUAUGACUUUGAGGAGGGCGAGGAUUACGAUGGCUAUUACGAUGACGAAGGCGGCGACUACUAUGAAGACGAGGGUGAGAGUAGCGAUUGUUCCAUGUUGGGUGCCUCGCCCAAUCACAAGGGUAAUGAGCGCAAAUUUCGAGUACGCAACAACAACAUUAGAUCGGUGCUAAUCAGCAAGCGCCACAACAAAUACAAGAUUGCCCAUCCGGAGACUCGGCUGGAGGUAAUAAACGAGUCGGAGCGUAGUGCCGGCAGUGGCAGCGAUGAGAAUGAUUCGCUGCUUGUGGCCUAUGACAGCACAUCAUCGUUGGCGUCCGUUUGACAUUGGCCAGGUUGCAUUGGAAAUGCAAGAGAAACCCCAGACAAUGGCUCACUACGAUACGCGCCAACGCAACAGCCACGUAUCACUGGUGCAACACAUCAAUGUCAGCGCCGACGUCCAUUCCGACGCAUCCACUGCUGUAUAAACGCCUUGCUAAUGGCCGUACUCGUGUCUAUUGAAAUUUACGCACAACUUGUGAUUUUUCUUUAAAUGCCGUCGUGCGACACAUUCAACAGAGCUUCCGCCUUGCCGCCCUCCUCCCAUGGCUCUUGUCAUCACUUUUUCAUAACAGGAAACAGGGCAAAUCAUGUUCAUACCUGCCCACCUGCAGGCUCAGCUACGCUACAAGGAUGGAUAACCUGUCGUUGAUUAGGAUAUUAUUAUGCGUCUUGGCUGCCAAGUCCGCCCACUUCGUUCGAGAACAGCCAAAUUGAAAAGAAAACAAAUCUCUUGUCUCACCAGACACAAACACACACACACACACACACACCUAUACACAAAACACCAUUCGUUGCCAUUCGAAAACAAAACAAGCACGUCCAUACAUUCAUGCUGAUACUACCGAGACCGACAAUACUAUCCCGUCACCGUCGCCCAGAGGCUAGUUCCCUUGGAGGGAUAGUGCAAAGAUACAUGGUCUACGCUUAUGCUUGGAUGAAUAUCAGACUAUAAUUUUAUUGCUUAUCCUUGGGGAUAUUAAUAUUCCAAAGACAUCAACACCCAAUCGCUGGAUCCUUCUCCUCCUCUCCUGGGCAAUGGGGACGCCGGCGGCUUGGUCUCUGACCGACCGCCCAUACGUCGAAAAGACAUAACGAAUCCCUGGAGUCGGUCAACCAGAAGAACAUACGCACUCUCGCUCUGUAAUUAAUUAAGAUGAUGUACCUUUUGUAUGUAUGUAUGUAUGUAUGUAUGUAACCAUCCUUGUGUAUAGAAUAUAUAGUUAUGUACCUGUUGGAAUGCCUCUUCUCUGUGCGUGCAUUCAAGCGUGCGAAUGUGUCCGUAUAUGCGGCUCUGUGAUAUGAACAGGUGUUACUAUUUGUUAGAUUUCCUAACAUAGACUGUAUCGAUUAUAUGUCCGUUUUCUCUCUUUAAUAACCGCAAGAUAUGAAAAGAAUAUUGCUCAUCAGAAUGCCGUUUGGUGUUACUAUUGUACUUCAUCGAAGCAUG